AGUUGACUGGAAACCAGCAUGGCAGCCAAUAUAGCAGAAGGAAACAAGCCAGUAUCGAUGUAACAGUAGCAGGAGAAGCGUCUUUGAUCUUAUGGACAGAAAAUCAUCAGCAAAGUCAGUUUACUCUUACAUUGGCUUCAGGAAGUGUUAGCAUUUCGCACUUUCACGAGUUAUUAUGAAUUAAUGUGAUUCGGUGUUUGAAGGGGAAUCACCUGUUACAGAUCCCUCGCAGUGUGCUGUAGACAUGAGCAAGGGCAACAAGUUCGUGGACCCCAUCGACGUACUCUAUGAGUACGCACCGCCUCCGCACAAGACAAGGCUUGAGGCCCUCAGAGACUUCUUUUAUAACAGUGAAGAAGGAUCGUGUCUGGGAAGAACUCCAAAACUAUGGCUCAGAGUGUUUGUGUUCUACCUAUUCUUCUAUAUUGGACUGGCGGCUUUCUGGGCAGCCUGCAUGUGGGGGCUACUGAACACCAUAAACGAGGAUACUCCUACGUACACACUAGACAGCUCUAUAAUUGGAUCAUCACCUGGUCUGGCGUCUCGUCCAGUGCCCCCAGAAGGACGUGAAAGUAUACUGACUUACAGCCAAGUAAAAAAGUCAUGGCUAUCUUCAAGUGACUGGCUACCAUCAGUGGAUGAAUUCUUGCAAGAAUAUCAGACGACAGUCAAUAACAGUAAGGAAUGUAACUAUACUUCUGGGAGAGACGAUGAGAAUAUGGUGUGUGAUGUGGACAUAAAUAGUUGGGGAGACUGUAAACCUAAUGGCACUUUCAUUCCAAAUGUAUGCAUGUUCUUCAAGAUCAACAAGAUAUUUGAAUGGAAGCCAGAUUAUUACAAAGACCUGGAAUCCCUACCACAGGAGAUGCCUGAAGACCUGAAGAAUGUAAUCAAUGACACAUUUUAUCUUUUCCCAGCAGCAAAGAACAAAGUGUGGCUUAGCUGUGAGGGGAGAAACCAAGACGAUCAACAACAUCUGGGAACUAUUAAAUAUUAUCCAGAGCAGGGGUUCCCUGGUUACUAUUUCCCAUUCCGUAAUCAAAUCGGUUUCAGAAGCCCUAUUGUAGCCAUGCGUAUCUUGGAGCCAAAACAUGAUGUUGUAAUCAACCUGGAAUGUCGAGCCUGGGCACGCAACAUUGAACAAGACCGCAAAGAACAGAUAGGCGUCCUUAAUUAUAAGAUAAAGAUAGAAUGACAGGCUGCAGUAUUCAACAAAUUACAGAAAAAUACUAUGUAUUUUUGUGACAAAAUAAAUUUCCAUCACCACUAUUAUUAUAAACUAGGAUUAAAUCAUGUGCCUUACACAGUUUUGGAGAAUUUUUUGUGACAAUCUGCAUUAAAUGAACAUGUUUCAAUAUCCCACCAAUAUGUGAAUACUAGAAGCUUGUAGAAAUACAGAUGUUGAUACAAUGGUAAA